AUGGCUGAGCCGUCGGCCCCAGUACCCUUUGCAAAAAUGGCGUCACUUAGCCGGGUUCGAGCUCUGACGAUGAUUUUCUUAACUGUCAGCGGUUGUUUGGUCACCUCGACAAGUGGCAAGGAAGGAGGGGUAGAGUCGGACACGGUUAUCAUCGGGCUCCGGUUGGAGGACACGGACGACAUUUCCUUUAUGGAUAGGGGCUACCUACGGGUGAGUGAACGGUCUCGUGUCAAAUUGAGGGUAUACGGGCAAAACAUAAACAACGAGACCUGGUCCAAAAUUUCAUUUACGGAACACGAGCAGAUCCGACCAGUCGGGGACAUCGACAGCUUGUCGGGGGACAACGGGAGCAAAGAGGAUACGUCCGCGCAUCCCUGCGGUAUCAGGACCUCGGAUAUAAUCAUCUUGCCCAACAUCAUUCUAAGUCGCAGAACGUCGGGAGUAGUUGAAAUCGAGGUCAAACCCCUUCGAAAAACCGAGAGGAGUAAAUCUUAUUACCUGUGCAUCGCCACCUCGACACCUGCCCACAACGCCGCCGGCCUGCACGACCCAUGGACCGAAAACACCUGGAUUUACCACGACGGAGAUGACACUAAAGUGAUAGUUGUGGAGGAGAAGAGGUUUCUGCUCCCCUUCUGGCUUCAAGUCAUCUUUAUUUCCAUGUUGCUGUGUCUGUCAGGCAUGUUCAGCGGGUUGAACUUGGGACUGAUGGCACUGGACCCAAUGGAGCUCCAAAUAGUCCAGAAUUGUGGCACAGAGAUGGAGAAGAAUUAUGCCAAAAAGAUAGAGCCAGUUAGGAGCCAAGGGAAUUACCUGCUUUGCUCACUUCUCCUAGGCAACGUGCUCGUGAAUACAACUCUAACUAUCUUAUUUGAUGAUAUUGCAGGUUCUGGGCUGAUAGCUGUGGUGAUGUCAACUAUUGGAAUUGUCAUCUUUGGAGAGAUUGUCCCUCAAGCCAUAUGCUCAAGACAUGGCCUUGCCGUUGGAGCCAACACCAUUUUCCUCACCAAGUUUUUCAUGCUGCUCACCUUCCCCGCGUCAUACCCAGUGAGCAAACUUCUAGAUUACCUUUUGGGCCAAGAGAUAGGCACUGUGUACAACCGCGAGAAGCUUCUGGAGAUGCUCCGAGUCACGGAUCCGUACAAUGAUCUGGUCAAAGAGGAGUUGAACAUCAUUCAGGGCGCCUUGGAACUACGGACUAAGACAGUGGAGGACGUGAUGACCCCGCUAAGAGAUUGUUUUAUGAUUCCAGGUGAUGCUAUCCUCGACUUCAACACCAUGUCUGAAAUCAUGGAGAGCGGCUACACGCGCAUCCCCGUGUUCGAGGGCGAGAGGUCCAACAUUGUGGAUCUAUUGUUCGUGAAGGACCUGGCGUUUGUCGACCCAGAUGAUUCUACGCCGCUGAAAACCAUCACUAAGUUUUACAGCCAUCAGCUGCAUUUUGUGUUCAAUGACACCAGGCUGGAUGCCAUGCUGGAGGAGUUCAAGAAAGGUAAAUCCCACCUGGCCAUAGUUCAGAGGGUGAACAACGAGGGUGAGGGGGACCCCUUCUACGAGGUCCUGGGCAUCGUCACCCUGGAGGACAUCAUCGAGGAAAUCAUCAAGUCAGAGAUCCUGGACGAGACAGACUUGUACACUGACAACAAAACGAAGAAGAAAAUCACCCACCGUGAGCGGAAGCAGGAUUUCUCAGCCUUCAAGCCCAACGACAGUGAAAUGAAGGUUAAAAUAUCACCUCAGCUUCUGCUGGCAACCCUGCGUUACCUAGCAACAGAGGUGGAGUCGUUUGGGCCGGUGCAGAUGUCAGAGAAGAUCCUGCUGCGUCUGCUCAAACACCCCAACGUGAUCCAGGAGCUGAAGUACGACGAGAAGAACAAGAGAGCACCGGAGCACUACCUCUUCCACAGGAACAAGCCUGUGGACUACUUCAUACUCAUCCUGCAGGGGAAGGUGGAGGUGGAGGCAGGGAAGGAAGGGAUGAAGUUUGAAGCAGGAGCGUUCUCCUCCUAUGGGAUGAUGGCUCUCACCACCUCUCCAGGUAAGACUUCCUUGUUUACUGACAUCUCAAUGGCUGUGUCGAAAAUGACGUCCUAUAAAUUCCCUCUCUCCCUGUCUCGUACCUUCGUUGUCAGUAGGGCUGAGUCCCUAGCAGGAUCUCCAGAGAACAAGUCCCCCCCGCGGCCGUUUGGCCUGAACCACUCAGACUCCCUGAACCGGAGUGACCGCAUCGAUGCCAUCACACCCACGCUGGGGAGCAGUAACAACCAGCUGAACGCCUUCCUACAGAUAUACAUGCCAGACUACUCUGUCAGGGCUGUGUCUGACCUGCAGUACAUCAAGGUGACCCGUCAGCAGUACCAGAACGCCCUGAUGGCGUCGCGCAUGGAUAAGACGCCCCAGUCGAUGGACAGUGAGUUCACCAAGAUCGAAUUGACUCUGACCACUGAGCUCCACGAUGGUGGAGGGGGAGGCGUGCUGGAGACGCCAGCUAUGGCCCACCACGAGACAGCCGGCCUGCUCAACCUCAACACACAGCCCCAGAACUGUCUGGCCCACAGGGUCAACCACACUGCGCACAAUGAGGGACCCAUCUAGCCCACACUGGGGUGGUGGGGACAGAGGGUGAGAGGAGUGAGGAGGGAUGGUGUUAGUACCCUCUGGGCCAGGGCCUGGGCCUAAUCCUCCAACAUCCAAGGACCUCUAACCCCUACCCACCACCCCCUUAUGGCUGGAAGACCCUGGAGGAAUUGAGGGGAAGGACCUCUAACCCCUACCCACCACCCCCUUAUGGCUGGAAGACCCUGGAGGAAUUGAGGGGAAGGACCUCUAACCCCUACCCACCACCCCAUUAUGGAUGGAAGACCCUGGAGGAAUUGAGGGGAAGGGGGCUAUGGAGAUGUGUAUACUGAGCCCCAGCUUGAACCUCUACUCUCUACCCUCCACCACCCCUGGCCGAUUCCACAGCCUGGAACAGAAUACCCUUUGAGGUAGUGGGGAAGGGGGCUAAAGGGAUAGCACUCUGGGCCCUCACCCACAUCACACACCUCUAGAAGACCCUGUUAGGGUGGGCUUGGACCGUCCUCGGCCAAUCCAUCCGCUUAAAUACCCGGUACCCUGGUAUUCCAGUAGCUCGGAAAGAUGGACAACGGUGUGCAU